UUAACUUUCAAAGCCCGGAAGCUAAAGAGGGGACAACCGGAAGUUUACGUGCGGGCUAGAGAAUAUGCUGAAUUAGCCCUCGACUAUUUAUUUUUCCAACGUUUUCGUCUCUUCGUUGGGUUUCCAGCAAAAGCAACAAUGUCCGAAAGAAAAGUAUUGAAUAAAUACUACCCUCCGGAUUUCGAUCCGUCCAAAAUCCCAAAGCUCAAACUCCCCAAAGAUCGACAGUAUGUGGUCAGAUUGAUGGCCCCAUUCAAUAUGAGGUGUAAAACAUGUGGCGAGUACAUCUACAAGGGGAAGAAGUUCAAUGCACGCAAAGAGACUGUCCAAAAUGAGCUGUACAUGGGACUGCCUAUCUUCCGUUUCUACAUCAAAUGUACUCGGUGUCUUGCUGAGAUUACGUUUAAGACUGACCCAGAGAACACUGACUACGCAAUGGAGCACGGUGCAACACGAAACUUCCAGGCAGAGAAGCUAAUUGAGGAGGAGGAGAAGAGAAUCCAGCAGGAGAGAGAAGAAGAGGAACUGAACAACCCCAUGAAGGUGUUGGAGAACCGCACAAAGGAUUCCAAGAUGGAGAUGGAGGUUUUGGAGAACCUCCAGGAGCUGAAAGAGCUGAACCAGAGGCAGGCUCAGGUGGACUUCGAGGGGAUGAUCGACCAGUACCGAGAGUUGGAGAGAAGAGAGAGGGAACGGGAGAAAGAAGACGAUGAGCGAGAAACAAAGGAGAUGUUGGAGCGCGCCCUUGUGAAAAGACUGAGAGAGUCUGACUCUGAUUCAGAGAAAGAAGAGGGGAGCAGCAGCUCACUGUCAAAUCAAGUCAAGUCCAGCACAGACAAACCAACAGACAUCCUCACCAUUGACAAACCCAAAGAGAGACAGGGAGCCACAGCUGGAGGAGUGAAGAGGGCCAAGAUGGAGAGCUGGGACAGGAGUGUGGGGACACUGGGUGGUAAAAGACCACUAGGGUCCCUGGUGGUGCGAAAGAAGCCAACAGCAGCUGUCAACAAACCCAGUCCAGUGGGGGGCCCUGCUGCUCCCACUUCACAAACAGAUUCAAAGGCAUCAAAGACGGCUGACUCCACAAAUAAUUCAAAGCCCAUUACCACACAAAAUGGGUCAUCAUCUCUCAGCCUGCUGGGGGCUUAUUCAGACAGUGACAGCAAUGGCAGCGACUGAGCAGAAGACGACUUGAGUGACUGAUACAUUUGUAUGAAUGACGCAGAGGGGAAUAUAAUGAUAUGGGCUUUUUUGUAAUGCUCUACAGAAAUCAAAAUCAUGUGUAAACCAGUUUGUGGGUCUACCCUAUGCAAACCUUUCUGUAAAGAAAUAACUGAUAACAAGUCAUUGUAUUGGUGGACAGGCUUUAGCAGGAAUUGUAUUGUCUGCUGUCGAGAUUCAGUGAAACCAAAAUAAUCUUCCUUAGCAGAUCCACUGGUUCAUGGACCUUCUGUUA